AAAGGCGGGAAGAAAGAAGAAGGGGUCAUUCACUCACUCAUUCAUAUCAUUUCAUUUCAUUUUGAAAAUCAAAAAAAGCAAAGAGAAGAAAAAGAGAGAAGAGAAGAAUGUCGAAGUUCGAGUACCCACGACUUUCUCGAUCGGAGAUUGUUAAUAUUCUCGCCGAAGCUCAAAUCAUCACCAUCUCCGACAACGAUCUUCUCAAACCUAAUCCCGAUUUCGUUAAAGACCUCUACACUCGCAUUUUGAUAUACCUCGAUUUCAUUCACGAGGAAGAUCAAGAACAAGUUGAAUUUUCUGCUCUUGUGCAGCUUGAGAAUCCUGAUCUUCAACAGGAUACGGUUAGUCUACUUAAGUUGUUUAAUAGGGUGAAGCAAGUUGUGGCUUCGUUAGCUUGUCCUAAGAGAUUUACUCUCAAAGAUCUCAUCAAACCAGAUGCUGAACGCACUGAGUAUUUCGUCAGUGCUCUUCUCAAUUUCUGUCUUCACAAAGAGACAAAAAUGGCACUCUUAUCGCCAAUGGUCAAUGAACUGACACUUCUAGAGGAUCAGCGUAAGGAUUGGGAGGAGAAGAUUUCUCAGUUAAAUGCAGAGAUUGCAGGCUACAAUGAAGCAAGAGAAUCAGAGUUACCUCUUGUACAAGAUGUAGAUGCAAGGGUUAAAGAAUUGCAUCAAACCAUUGGAAGCCUCAACAGUAGCCAGGCAUCACUGAGAAACACUUUACGAAAGCUGAAAGAGAAGACUGGUGAAAUGGAUGAGAAGAUAUCUAGUGCUGAAUUCGCUCUUGUACAAAGUGCCCAAGAAAAUGCAAAUUUACGUUCCAAGAUUGUGCAAUCACCAGAUAAACUGCAGAGAGCUCUGGAGGAGAAGAAAUCUGUACGGGAGGAAGCAAAAAAUACUGAAAAGUUGGCUAUGCAAUCUUUUCAACAGAAGACUGCUGUAGCUGAGAUUUAUGCCAAGGUUUCUAAGAAAAUGACAAAGCACUUAACUCAAAUGCAGGCUAUACAGGAACAGGUAAACUCUGCAAAAUCUGUUGAUAAAGAGUACAAGACUUUAAAAACUAAACUAAGUGAUGAUGUAGUAUUGGACAAGUCACUAGAAGCAAAAUUGUUGGAUCGGCGUGGAAAAGUGGAGCAGUUGGAGGAAUACAAAAAGCAACUUGAAAAAGAAAAUGAACUGAAAUGCGAGGAAGCUAGAAAACAGCUUAAUCAAGUAAGACUUGAUGUGGAAUCUAAGAGGCGUAAUUUGGAAGCACGGCAGAAGACUGUUGAAGCUGUCGUAGCAGAGGUGGAUGAUAUAACUUCAAGAACAACACAAGUAAAAGAGUCCGGAGCAGCUAAACAGCAAGAGUUACUCUCAAAGUGUGAGGAGCUUGCCAACGAGUUUCAUCAGUACACGAAUUCUAUAAGCGAUGCAGUCACUUCGAUGGAUUUCGAAGCAGUGAACGAUAAUACUCAAACUGUAAGUACUUAGCCUAUGGAAACGGUUUGGACGAUUUGCCAUGGAACAGUACUAUACUGUAAGUAUAUAGUGUACGGAAACGGUUAGGACAAGUUUUAGGCAAAUUGAAAUCUUUUAUUUAGAGUGAAUUCGGUGAUUGUUUUAUGAUUCACUCCUAGAUUUUCAGGCAUUGAACGCUUAGCUCUUUAGUCUUUAGUGGCUGAACAUCUUGUUCAAUCUUUCACAAAA